AUGUACUUCUCAGAACCGUCUUGUAUGGAAGGAUGCACGAAUUGUUUUUUUAAUAUAAACAAAUGUGAUGGGUGUGUAAGUGGCUAUUAUCUCAAAGAAAAAGGUAAAUCACCAUGUUUAUUGUGUUCAGACAAAUUUGGAGAAAAUUGCUUGGAAUGUGAUAGAAAUAGUGGGUGUAAAAAAUGUGAAAAUGGGUAUCAGUUGAUCAAUAAAACAACACAAAAAUGUGGAGAUUUCAAUGAAGGAUGCACACUCUGUUCAAACAACAUUUGCAGUCAAUGUUCCGAAGGAUAUUAUCUCGACUCUACCAAAAAUUUAUGUGUGAAGUGCAACAACAAAUUUUCAAAAUGCUCGCUUUGUUCUGAGAAUGAAUGUUAUGCGUGUGGCGAUAACUCGACACUGUCAAACAAAUUAUGCGUUGAAUGCAAUCAAAGAUGGGAAGGGUGUGUUGGAUGCAACGACAUUAUGUGUUCGAGUUGUCAACAAAAUGGUUAUUAUUACAGCAAUGGAUUUUGUAACAAGUGUUCAGCAAAUUGUGAGAGUUGUCAAAGCAAAGAAAUGUGUAAUGUGUGUAAAAGUGGUUAUUACUUAAACGGAGGCAAGUGUGAGUCGUGUUCAACAAGAAAUUGCAAAAUCUGUGAUGAUACAAAAUGUGAGAGUUGUUUAGAAAACUCGUUUUUGAACAAUGGGAUGUGUGUGUCGUGCAAAGAGAAAAUCCCAAAUUGCGAGAAGUGCAACGGUGACAACGUUGACACACAGUGUCUUUUUUGUUCGAAUGGGUUUUACUCGAAUGGACCACAAUGUGUUCAGUGUGACACGUCGUCUUGUGGGAGUGAGGGGUGUGUCAAUGGGAAGUGCACCAACUGCAAAGACAAUAAAAUUUUAGACAGAAGUGGAAAGUGUGUUGAACCAACAAAUUGUGACAGUGUUGACGACAGUAGAUGUGCUGUCUGCAAAGACGGUUAUUAUUUGUACAACAACAUUUGUGUUCAAAAAGCGUCAAACACGCCAUGCAACUCAAUUCAGAUCACAGAGGAUGUUUGUCUUAGCAAAGAAGAUGCUGGGUGCGACGAAGUUUUAAACGGCAAGUGUGCAUCAUGUCAGAGUGAAUUAAUACUCGACAAUGGGAUGUGUAAAAGUUGUUCCUCGUCAAUACAAAACUGCACAAGUUGCGCCACUUCAAAUAGUGGGAGCAUCAUGUGCUCUGUGUGCAGAGAAGGGUUCUUUCCAGAGAAGACGUGUAAAUCAUGCAAAAUGAUAUAUGGGUGUGAGUUAUGUGUGAACCUUCUUGUUGGCAAUGUUGAAAGCACUCGAAUUUGCACGAAAUGUCUGAGUGGGUAUUAUUUGCAAGAUGGUGAGUGUCUCCAAAUCAAAAACUGUGUUGCGAACACAGGAAUAGAGUGCACAAAAUGUGAACAGAACUUUAUUGUGGAAGAAGGUGAAUGCAAAGAAUACACAACACAGCUGGGGUGUCUUGCAACCGAUGGCGUGUUUUGCAUGAUGUGUUCUGAUGGGUUUUACUUGUCACCAGAAAGUCGGCGAUGUUUGUCGUGUUCAGUUGCGAGUUGCAGCAGGUGUGACACAACUGGCAAAUGUGUUGAGUGCAACACAAACAAUUCAUUGAAAGACGGGAAGUGUGAGAAGUGUGGGAUUGUUGGGUGUUCGCUCUGCAACUCGACUGGCAUUGAUUGUCUGCGUUGUGACAAAACCCACUUCUCAACAGCACUGCCAACAUCACAAUGCACAGAGUGUACCACAAAAACGAAUGGGUGUUUGGAGUGUACAAGUGAGCAUUGUACAAUCUGUCAAGACGGGUAUUUCAUCAACACCACGGAUCACACAUGCAACUCAUGCAAAGUGAUAGAGGGGUGCACAGCAUGUUCACUUGAAACAGGGAAGUGUUUCAAAUGUUUGGAUGGGUUUUAUUUGGUGAGUGGACAAUGCGCGUUGUGCAACAACACAAUGCAAAGAUGUGGAAGAUGUUCGAGUGAGUCAAAUUGCAACAGUUGUGAAGAGGGAUACUUUUUGGAAGAGAACACGUGCCACAAAUGCAGUGAGAUAGAUGGGUGUGAAAUUUGCGACGAAUCAAGUCGUCUCUGUUUUAAGUGCAAAAACUAUUACACCGAAUUGGUAGAUGGAAAUGGAUACAAAUGUGUCGACUGUGAAACUGCACACGAAAACUGUUCGAGUUGUUCAGUUGAUGGAAAUUGCACCGAGUGUGAAAGUUCUUUUAUGUUAAAAGAGGGUGUUUGUGUUGAGUGCUCAACUUCAAAUCCAAAUUGCCACGUUUGUGCAACGAAAAGUUCGAGGUGUCUUUCGUGUGGUGUUGGGUAUGGUGUUGAUGAUAAUGGACAAUGCCAGAAGUGUGUUGAUGUGAAUUGUCUUGACUGUGAGUUGUAUGAUAAGUGUUCAAAAUGCAAAGAAGACACAAUUCUCACAGACGGGAGUUGUGUGAGUUGCAGUGUUGACAACUGUAAGACGUGUGACUUGAAUGGGUUUUGUGUUGAGUGCAAAUCCAGUUAUUAUCCAAAUGAUGGCGUUUGUCAAAGCUACGACUUGAGUUCUCUCAAUUGUGUUGAAACUUCAACAACCAGAAACGAGUGUCUGAAGUGCAACAUAAAUUAUUAUUUGAAAUUGGGAAAGUGCUAUCCAUGUAACUUGUUUGAUGCCAAUUGUACUGAGUGCAACAAUAGCACAUGUUUAAAGUGUUCAGAAGGAACAUAUCCAAAUGGGGUUGGAAAGUGUUUGUCAUGCAACACUAUGGCAAACUGCACAAAGUGUCAACAAACAGCGCCUGUUUGCACAGAGUGCCUUUUCACGUCUUCUCCAAAUGGGCAAUUGGUAAAUGGGUAUUGCAAAGAUUGCACUGUUGACGGCUGUGUGAAAUGCAUAAUUAAGAUUAAUGGCAGUGUUAUAAAAACAAAAUGUAAAACUUGUGCACCCGGGUAUAACCUCAAGUCAAAUGACGAAUUUUGUUAUCCAAACACGAUUAACAAUUGUGAAGAGUAUGAAACCAACACCAACACUUGUUCGAAAUGCAAAAAUGGGUUCACAUUGAAUGCAAACACAUGUCAAAGUUGUUCCAAUACACUGACCAAUUGUGAAGAAUGCGCGUCAACAUCUAGUUGCACAAAGUGUUCAGAGGAAUUUACUGUUGGCACAGACAACACUUGCCACACCUGUUCGGAUGUAAUACCAAAUUGUGAUAAAUGUUAUUCUGACACUUCAAAAUGCAAAGAAUGUGCAGUUGGGUAUUACGUCACAGAAGAUUUGACAUGUUUGAAGUGUGAUUCGGUGAUAUCGAAUUGCAGCGAGUGUUACAAUUUGGGAGGUGUCAAAUGCACAAAAUGUAAUUUUGGGUCAUACAUUGAAAAUGGGAAGUGUGUCGAAGUGAAGGCAAACGAAUUCAAAACAUCAGAAACAACUUCGAAAGCGUGUCGCCUUCAAAUACAAAACUGCUACAGCUGCAACUACACGACAAGUGAAGCCACUUUUGACACAACAGCAGUUGAAUGCAACAGAUGUCUUGAUGGGUAUGGCUUUGUUUCAAGCACAAUGAGAGUCUGUGAGAUCUGCCACAACGAAGUUGACUCGGGUUCUGUGUGCAUCACAUGUGAAGAUGGGUGCAAGAGGUGCUUCAUCAAAGACAACCUUACAAACGAGCAGUCGUGUGUUGAGUGCGAAGAUGGGUUUGCAUUGAGGAAUGGAAAGUGUCUUAAAAUAGAAAACCGCGAGUAUUGUCUUGAUGAGUUGCACAAUGUUGGGUGUGAGUCGUGCGCAAACUACUACUCGACUGUUGAAAUUGGCACAAAGUGCUCGCCAAAUAACAGAAACGCAAAUUGCUCGUUUUACAACGAAAAGGGUGAGUGUUUUGAAUAUAACGACAAAUUAAAAGUGUCAUCUUCAAUAAAAGCAGAAGACGCAAGUGAUAUCAAUUGCCAAGAGGGUUCAUACCAGAAAGGGCACUGUCUGUCUUGUCGACGUGGUUUUGCUCCAAACUUGUCAAAUCCACCAGUUUGUACAGAGUGUGGGUGCAGAGAGUGCAACAAGAUCAACGAGUGCAAAAUAUGUAUCAACGAGUCAAACAACAACAUUGGAAUUUGCACAAGUGACAGCAACUGCAUUUCAACUACAAACAACACCUGUUUAAAAUGCACAACCAGUCAUUACAUAACAAAUGGAAAGUGUGAAGUGUGUGGUCAGAAUUGUGUGUUGUGUUCAAGUGACAACAAAAAGUGUUUGAAAUGUGAAGACAACUUUGUGCUUGUAAAUGACAUGUGUGUUUCGUUUGAAGAGUCGAAUUGUGUUAUUCUAAAUAAUGUUACGGGUCGUUGUGAGAUAUGUAAAGAAGGAUUUAUGUUUGACGCAUUAAACGAGUGCAAAGAAAGUGGUAUAGCAAAUUGUCUGAAUGAAAACUCAAACAAGUGUGUGAAAUGUCUACCAACAACUCUUUUGGGCAUUUCCAACAGCGAAACGGUUUGUUCUGAAAGUGCGACAAUCAACAAUUGUGAAAUUCUAAGCUCGACUGGUUGUGCGAAGUGCAAAAGUGGGUAUUUCAUGGAUGGGAUAGAGUGUGAGCGAUGUGAUAAGAACUGUGAGAAAUGUGACACGAAUGCAACGACGUGCAUAUCGUGCUAUUUUGGGUUUGUUCUCAACGUGCAAACGAGUCACUGUGACUCGAGUGAAGACAUAAAAACGUCAUGUGUCAAGUUUUUGAGUGAUGGAGGAUGUGCAAUAUGCAAAAAUGGAUAUUAUUGGCAGGGAAGAAAUUGCUACAAAUGUGGCAGCAAUUGCACGACGUGUUCACAGAGUGAAGGCAAUUGCCUGACGUGCAAUCUCGAAAACGGGUUUUAUCAGAACGACACAAAUGGGAUUCGUUGCAUUCCAGUGAGCGAACUUACAAACUGUUUGAAGUAUGAUAUGUUUGGGUGUGUACGCUGUGAGAGUGGGUAUUUCUUGAACCAAGGAAAGUGCGAGACUUGUGCUGAGAAUUGUGAGUUGUGUGUGUCGUCUGAUUUCUGCCAAAGUUGUGGAGCUGAUUACAUUUUAGUCAAUCGGAAGUGUGUGUAUUACACGACAGUGGAGUUCUGUAUGAGUGCAGUGAACAGUGUGUGUUCGAGUUGUAAAGACGGUUACAAACUGUCGAGUGGUGGAAGUGAGUGCCGAAAGGAGACAAACCUUGGUCUUGCGAUUGGUCUUCCAAUAGCACUUGUUUUUGUGGUGAUUGUUGUUGUUUUGUUAGGCUCAUUUGCGCUGUUUCUGGCAAUCAGGAAGUGGCGACAGAAGAAGAUCAGAGACGCGACAGUCUGUGAAUUCUCCAUCAGCCGGUCCAACAUGAACUUCUUGACAUUGAGCAGUGAUUGUGGUCUUGUAGCAAACAAGAGUGAAGUCGACUUUCUGAUAGACCGAACAGACUCGAACAUCCCAGUGGAUGUUGAGUCGCGCGACUUGAUAUGUGUUGGGAACAAGAAGGCAAAGAGUCUGAAAGUGCAACUCUCGACUAAAGACAAGAACGACAAGUACGAGAUCAGAACAAAUCCACAACUUGUGACACUGAAGAAGGGAAAGGCAGUUGAGUUUGAGAUCUUCAUUAAGCCGCUGUGCACGUGUACACUUGAUGAGCAGAUUGCACUUGUAGUGUUGGACAUGAGUGCGGGAAAGCAGUUUGACGUUCCAUUCAAAGUGCACAUCAAGACGGCAAUCACGACACGACUGGACUACGACGAGCUGAAAGAAGAGAAGAUCAUUGGCGAGGGAUCAUUUGGUGUUGUGUACAAGGGGAUGUUCCGUGACAAUGUGGUUGCCAUUAAGAAGAUGAAGGCGGGUGCAGCAACAAAGAAAGACAUGGAGGAGUUUGAGAAAGAAGUCUCGAUGCUGGACAAGUUCAGAAGCGAUUAUCUAGUCCACUUCUAUGGCGCAGUGAUGAUACCAAACAGAAUCUGCAUGGUCAACGAGUUUUGUGAGUAUGGGAGCAUUCAAGACCUGAUGAAGAAGCACAAAGAGAAGAUCUUGACACACAAAAUGACCGUCAAGUUCCUCCUUGAUGGCGCGCGUGGCAUUCUGUAUCUCCACGAGAAUGGCAUUCUGCACAGAGACAUCAAGCCAGACAACUUCCUUGUCACGUCUAUCCACGAAGACGUUCCUGUCAACGCAAAGUUGACUGACUUUGGCAGUUCGCGAAACAUCAACAUGAUGAUGACAAACAUGACAUUCACAAAGGGAAUUGGAACACCAACAUACAUGUCUCCUGAAGUGCUUGACAAGAGACACUACAAGUUCCCAGCAGACAUCUACUCGUACGCAAUCACAAUGUAUGAGAUCGAGAAGUGGGGACACGCAUUCCCAAAAGAGAAGUUCAAACACGCUUGGGAUGUCGCAAACUUCAUCACAACAGACAAGCGACCCGACAUCGACAAUGGGAUGGACACGUGGACAUAUCAAACUAUCUGCCUGUGUUGGAAAACAAACCCAAAAGAGCGACUGACAGCACAACAACUUGUGGAAACACUCAACAAGAAAUUCGACGAGCUCAAUUUCUUUUCAUCACACUAG